UCGCACGCACCGUCGGGUCCCGACCGAUCGCAGAAGGGAGAGAGGGGAGGAGGCCUCACCCCUCGUCCCACCUCCUCGCCGCCGCCGAUUCGCCGCCGGCGACCUCCCUCUCACGCCUCCACCCUAUCGCCCCUUUCCAUCUCUCCUCGCCGCCGGCCUCAGCCGCCUCUUGGAGCCCUAUCUUCGAUAUACUAGUUUCCAGUUUUAGUCCCGCUCCCCGCUUCCACCCCAAUUCCCGGCGUGGCGCGCCGAAACGCGGUGCGAUUCCUCCCGGUCCUCGCGGGCGCCCGUUGCCGAGGCGGGGCUAGGGUUCCGUCUCCGGUGCGCGCGGGGUUCCGGUAGGAGAAGGAGCUGAAGAAGGCGAAGGUGGUGCGACGCUGAAACCCUAGCUGCGGGGCGGGCGGGGAUGGCGGGGCUGCUGGGGCAGCAGACGGUGGAGCUGGGCGCGGUGGUGCGACGGGCGGCGGAGGAGUCGUACCUCGCGCUGCGGGAGCUCGUGGAGAAGUCCCAGGCGGAGGCCGAGGGGAAGGGUCUCGGCACCGGAGCCAAUGGCGGCUGGCAGCGGUCCGACACUGAGAAGAAGAUCGAUUUGCUCAAGUUCAUCACACGCACGCGCCAGCGCAUGCUUCGCCUCCACGUCCUCGCCAAGUGGUGCCAGCAGGUGCCACCUAAUUUGUGUCUCAGGCUCUCAGCAGAACUAUUUCCUCUCGCUCGUUCCUUUGGUUCAUUAUUGUCAACAGCUCGGAACAACUCUCAGCAUCCAUGAAACAUGCUUCACUCAAACAGCUGACUCGCUGUUCUUUAUGCACGAAGAUUUGGUGAAAGCUCAGGCUCCUAUGUUUGAUGUUCCUUCUGCUAUUGAAGUCAUGCUUACAGGGGGUUAUCAUAGGCUGCCAAAAUGCAUAGAAGACAUAGGAAGUCAAAAUCGACUUUCCCCAGAUGAAGAAAAACGUGCUCUGCGGAAAUUAGAUGCUAGUGUGCGGUACAAAGUACUUGUGACACCUAGACCUAAAGAAGUAUCUAAUGUUUCCGUAACUGAUGGAAUAGCAGUUUUACGUGUAGAUGGAGAAUUUAAAGUUCUUCUCACACUAGGUUACCGUGGUAAUGUAGACUUAUGGAGGAUAUUGCAUAUGGAGUUACUGGUUGGCGAGAAGAAAGGUCCUAUUAAGCUUGAUGAAAGUAGGAGAUUUGCUCUUGGUGAUGAUAUAGAAAGAAGAAUGGCAGCUUCUGAGAAUCCCUUCACAGUGCUAUAUGCUAUACUUCAUGAGUUCUGCAUCUCUCUUGCUAUGGACACUAUUAUUAGGCAGGCUAAUGCCCUUCGACAGGGAAGGUGGAAAGAUGCGAUAAGAUCUGAACUCAUCUCUGACAGUGCCACUGGACAAAUUGGAAAUGCUUCUCUAAUGCAGCUUGUUCAAGAUGGGGAAUUGGAUUCAAGUGGUUUUAAGAUACCUGGCCUGAAAGUUAAUUACUGGCUAGAUGAAAAAAGCACUAGCACAGCAGAACCUGAUUCAUCUCCUUUUAUCAAAAUUGAGGCAGGGCAGGACAUGCAGAUAAAGUGUCAGCAUAGUUCAUUUGUGCUCGACCCAUUUACUGAUAAAGAGGCGAAUCUUUCUCUUGAUCUGAGUUGCAUUGAUGUUGAACAACUCAUUUUGAGAGCAAUCACUUGCAAUAGGCACACACGCCUUCUUAAUAUUCAGAGACAACUGUGCAAAAAUGUCCAAGUUUCUCAGUCCCCAAAAGAUGUUAUCCUGAAACGAGAUGUCACUGCAGCGAAGGACCCAAAGAAGAAUGCAGAGAAGAAGGGCUCCUCAGAUUGUUUUGGGAAUGAAGUGCUUCAAGUAAGGGCAUAUGGUCAGGCGUAUAUUAGCCUUGGAAUAAAUAUCAGGAGUGGCCGCUUUCUCCUUCAAUCACCGGAAAACAUAUUACCACCUGCUGCACUUAUGGACUGUGAGGAAGCUCUAAACAAAGGGAGUACUUCAGCUACUGAGGUUUUUUCAAGCUUAAGGACCAGGAGCAUCCUCCACCUAUUUGCAGCAGCUGGAAGGUUUUUUGGCCUUAAGGUCUACCAGCAGUCUCAGGGCACUCUGAAGAUUCCAAAGGCCAUAUUAGAUGGUUCAGAUUUUAUGAUAAUGGGAUUUCCACAUUGUGCAAAUGCCUAUUAUCUGUUGAUGCAACUUGAUAAGGACUUCAGGCCUGUUUUUCAUUUGCUUGAGACACAGUGUGAUGCAAGUGAUAAGACUAAUGCAAAUGCUGAUGCUAAAGAAGCUAUUAGGUUUAACAAAAUCAAUGUUGGGCAGAUGCAAAUACUUAAAAGUGAGUCAACUACCAAUCCUUUUGAUGUGAAGCUGCAGGCCCUACAAAGUAUAAUGAGCUCUGCUGACAUAAUGGAUAGUGAUCUUCCUGUCCAAAAUGGAAUUGAGCCUCUUCCACUACUUCCUGCUUGUUCACCAUCGUUUUCGUCUAUUGUUGAUGAGGUUUUCGAAUAUGAACGUGGUUCUACUGCUGCACAGAACCAUUCUAUACUACCAUCUAGUUUGCCAGCGACACCUCAUCUGAGUUCUCUUUCAGUUGGUAUUCAAGGAGUAAAUGCUAGGGCUGUCUCACCAAUGCACGAUGGAGGCUUAUCUCAUACUCAAGCUAAUAAUAUUUUAAAAGUUCAUCCAAGUGUCAGUUUGAACAGCUAUUUCCCAAGUAAUUUUAGACAUUUACACGAUGUAAAUAAAUCACUUCAGCUUGUCCCUUCAAGCAAUAGUAACAGCAAUCAAAUCCCUGUUCAAAGCUCCCAUUCAGGCAGUCUUGGGAACUCUCCCUCUGAUCAUUUGGUUAGACCUUCAACUACAACAGGAGGACUAGAGAAGCUUAUUACUGCUGGCUCUGAUGGUGCAUCUAGGAAACGCUCUCUUUCAGAUUUCUUACCAAUUAUCCCUUCAUUACAAGGACUGCAACCUAGUGAUCCAAUUAAACGGAGAAAAAUAUCAGAAUCAGCGCGGAGUCCCCUGCCAUUGCAGGCAUACACAUCUAAUUUGCAAUCAAGAGCCAGCCUCACCUAUGGAGAUGUUCUUGCGGAAAGAAAUAAUUGUGUCCCAGCAACUAUAUAUGCUUCUGUGCUACUACAUGUGAUAAGACACUGUUCGUUAUGCAUCAAACAUGCUCAACUAACAGCUCAGAUGGAUUCUCUUGCAAUUCCAUAUGUGGAAGAAGUUGGUCUGCGGACACCAUCAUCUAAUCUUUGGUUAACAUUACCUUUUGCACAAGAUGAUUCGUGGAAGCAUAUAUGCUUGCGCCUUGGUAAGGCUGGAAGCAUGUCUUGGGAUGUUAGGAUAAAUGAUCCACAUUUCAGGGAACUUUGGGAACUCAAUGGAGGAAACACCACGACACAAUGGGGUGUUGGUAUUCGCAUUGCGAAUACCUCAGAAAUGGAUUCACAUAUCUCCUUUGAUUCUGAUGGUGUAGUUUUAACUUACAACACUGUUGAGGCAGAUAGCGUCCAGAAGCUUGUGUCGGAUUUACGACGACUUUCAAAUGCUCGUUCUUUCGCUUGUGGAAUGAGGAGACUGAUUGGCGUGAAAAUUGAUGAUAAGCUAGAUGACAAUCAGUUAUCCACGGAGAUGAAAUCACAAUCUGUUAAUAAAGGCAACAGUGAUGCUUCAGACAAGCUAUCUGAUCAGAUGAGAAAGACAUUCAGGAUUGAAGCUGUCGGUCUAAUGAGCUUGUGGUUCAGUUAUGGCACCAUGCCGAUGGUACACAUUGUUGUUGAAUGGGAGAUUGCUAAGGGUGGUUGCACAAUGCAUGUUUCUCCGGAUCAGCUUUGGCCACACACAAAGUUUCUGGAGGAUUUCGUGAAUGGUGGGGAGGUAGCAUCCUUCUUGGAUUGCAUUCGACUUACAGCAGGACCAUUACUUGCCCUUGGAGGUGCAAUUCGUCCUGCAAGGAUGCCUGUAACUGUUUCAUCUGGAUAUAGCUCUAUGCCAAAACAGGCCAACAACAUCCCUACACAAGGGCCAUUAGCAAAUGGAUCAUCUUCAUCAAGCAUACAUCAUGCACCUGUCCCCUCAAAUGCUGCAGCUGCCCAUUUGAGCAGUCAUAAUCUCCAUGCUGCUGCCAUGCUUUCAGCUGCUGGACGGGGUGGACCUGGACUUGUUCCCAGUUCAUUACUGCCUUUUGAUGUUUCUGUUGUACUUCGUGGGCCAUACUGGAUACGCAUUAUAUAUCGUAAGAAAUUUUCUGUUGACAUGCGCUGCUUUGCUGGGGAUCAAGUUUGGCUCCAGCCAGCUACCCCUCCUAAAGGUGGACCAUCAGUUGGUGGAUCAUUGCCAUGCCCACAGUUCCGACCUUUCAUAAUGGAACAUGUUGCUCAGGGUCUAAAUGCUCUUGAACCCAACUUCAUGAAUGCUGCGCAGGCUAGCGGACACUUAAAUAACAAUGCUGGAGCUCCACAAACUGCUCCUAGUGCAAGUCGCUUAAGUGCUACUCCUGGUGUUUCUUUAUCUAGGCCAACUUCUGGUGUUGCUAACCAUGUAGCAGCCAGUUUGAGUCGAGCAGGAAAUGCCAUGUUGGCUUCUUCAGCUCUUGCUUCAGGGAUUGGUGGAGCUUCUGUACGACUUGCUCCUGGAGCUGGUCUCCCUGUGCACAUGAAAGGGGAAAUUAACACAGCUUUCAUAGGUCUUGGGGAUGAUGGUGGAUAUGGUGGUGGCUGGGUUCCUUUGGCAGCUCUGAAAAAGGUUCUGAGAGGGAUACUUAAGUACCUUGGAGUUCUAUGGUUAUUUGCACAAUUACCUGAACUUUUGAAAGAAAUACUGGGAUCAAUCCUAAAGGACAAUGAAGGGGCACUCUUGAAUUUGGAUCAAGAGCAGCCUGCACUCCGGUUCUAUGUGGGAGGCUAUGUAUUUGCAGUCAGUGUUCAUCGGGUUCAACUGCUACUACAAGUUUUGAGUGUUAAAAGAUUUCACCACCAGCAACAGCAACAGCAGGCUCAGAGCAAUGCUCAGGAAGAGCUAGCAGCAGCUGAAAUCAAUGAAAUAUGUGACUAUUUUAGCAGGCGUGUUGCCUCCGAACCAUAUGAUGCUUCUAGAGUUGCUUCUUUUAUCACUUUGCUCACGUUGCCGAUUUCGGUACUGCGUGAGUUUUUAAAGUUGAUUGCAUGGAAGAAAGGUUUUUCCCAGGCUCAUGGGGACAUUGCUACUGCUCAGAGGGCUCGGAUCGAGCUUUGUUUGGAGAAUCACUCAGGAUCAGCUUCGGCUGAUAAUACAGAGAGCACUUUGGCCAAGAGUAACAUUCAUCAUGAUAGAGCCCACAGUUCAGUAGAGUUUGCCCUGACAUUUGUACUUGACCAUGCUCUCAUUCCUCACAUGAAUGUAGCUGGUGGAGCUGCCUGGCUUCCAUAUUGUGUAUCAGUGAGACUCCGGUAUUCUUUUGGGGACAACAAUCAUAUAGCAUUCCUUGCAAUGGAUGGGAGCCAUGGUGGGAGAGCCUGCUGGUUGCAACUUGAGGAGUGGGAAAGAUGUAAGCAGAAGGUUUCAAGAGCUGUGGAGACUGUGAAUGUGUCUGCUGUGGCUGGAGAGGUAGGCCAAGGAAGGCUGCGAAUGGUUGCCGAGAUGAUCCAAAAGCAACUCCAACACUGUCUACAACAGCUAAGAGACGGCCCACUUUCUGCAGGCUCUACUGCAUCAUGAGCUUACUUGGAAUGAGCUGUGUCGUACUAGGCCAUUCCCGAUGAUCCGACUUGUAUACUCAGCAUGGCCUUUGGCUUUGUGGCUCCGUGCAGAGGUAAAGGAGUUAUCUCAUUUGGUAGCAGCGACAGCUUCUCAGCCUGAGGCUUGUUCAGAUUGACAAUUUUGUACAGUAUAAAUGGUGUUGGUUGACUCAUAUGGACCCUUAGCCCAUUUGAGUGUGUAGGCUGUAACAUAGCUAGCGUGGGUAGUAAUGUAUUAAGAUGGAGUUGCUCACAGGGGUGAAAAAAGAUCUUCGGAAAUUGGUCUUCUGUAUCAUGUAAACUGCUGUAGUCAUCUUACCCUUCUUUUCCCCUGCUGGAUAGCACAUUUAGGAGUUUUUAUUUUUCUUCUGUCUGUAGGAUGUUAAUCUAGACAAAAGCAGAUCUGGCAUGUGUGGUGGUGUACAUGAUAAACUGGCACUGAACUUGGACUGACACAUUCCGUUUGUAUAAGCAGGACAUCCAAAGUUGUGUUUCGAAUGACUCAA